AUGCCAAUCGAACAACAACAAUAUCUUUUUAAAACGGAAACACAGUCACCCAUUCAACAAUCUAAUCACGAUCCAGAAAACAAUGUAACUGGUGUUUCAAAUGGCGUGCAAACUAAUAUUCCUGCGGAUACCCUCCCAAUCAAUGGUUCAACUACAGGAUUGUUUAGUACUACAAAUAACCAUCAAUCUGCUAGCAAUCAUACUACUAAUACUCACAAUACUACCAGCCAUGUUAUUACCAGUCAUGAUACCAGUCACUCUACUACCAGUAACGCUAAUGCCAAUGCCAAUCGCGUUAAUGCCAAUCGCGUUAAUGCCAAUCGCGUUAAUGCCAAUCGUGUUAAUGCCAAUCGCGUUAAUGCCAAUCGCGUUAAUGCCAAUCGUGUUAAUGCCAAUCGCGCUAAUGCUAAUCGUACAAAUGCCAAUAAUCAAGUCAAUGGUCAAUCUGAUAACCAGCAAGAAGAUGAUGAGCAAUUAGAACAAAUGGAUGACUGGUUUUUUGAAUGUAACUGUGGACUCACCGGCAUAAACAUUGUAAUUAUCAAUUGA